AGAGAAUACAUAAACUUAGUUAUAUGCAGUACAUGUUAGUUGUCAUGUCGAGAUAUAUCUAGGCUUUCAUUCCGUUAAGUGUGUGUGUGUUUUUUUUAAGUAUUUCUUUGUUUUGUCUGUUCUGGAGUAUUUUGUGUUCUUCUUGAAAGCAGCAGCACAGAAAUGAAGGAAGUCAGAAGGUCCUGGGGGGGAGGUGUAUCUAACAGAGGAGGAACGCUCAUUUCAACUAUUUAAUUACAACAUUCCUCUGAGCCAAAUCACAAGUGGAUGUAAACACGGACAUCAGUCACUGUGCUGACUCCGUGAGGAGCUGACGGGCUGAUGGAGGAAGUGGCAACACUGGAUAUUGAUACACUCCUCUAAAGAGCUGGAGACAUGGCUGAGAGUAACACUGUCCCCUGGUGUGUGUGGACGACUGUCAUCCUGCUGUGGACGUGGGAAGCCGGCUGUGACACACAGCAUCAAGCAGAAGAAGUGGAACUUUUCCACUCUGAUAAACAGAGCAGACUGGAAUGGACCUCUGAUCCCCCGAGACAAUGGACCGAGGUUCGUCUCAGAGUGGGCACGCAGAGUCGAGUGCCGGUGCUCCAGGCCUGUGGAAAAAGCAUACGGAGAACAGUGAUGAGUCAGUGGAUGGAGCGGAAAGACGCCCACCAUCUGCUGAUGGAUCUGUCUUUCACCCAAGAAGAGGAGCCGUCUAGUCAGCUCGGCCCUCUGCAGGUUCACCUUUUUGACUCAAACACACCUCUCCCAAGAUUUCAGUAUGGCUGGAAAGUCUUGGACCUUCAGACCUCCAGUCCGUUCCCCGUCACUGUCACUCCAAACCAGAUCUCCAGCCACAUGAACCGCAGCGUGGCCCUGAGCCUGGGCCCCGUCAGCCUCCGAGGCUUCCAGCUGGCCUUCUCCUACUCAGGAGCGUGUGUGCUCCUCGCAUCCAUCAGACUCUACUACAGGAGGUGCCCCGACAUCGUGGCUCACCUGGCCUUGUUUAAUGGGACAGGGGCCCUGUCGGGUCCCCUGAUGGGCUCCUGCGUGAAGGGAGCUGUGGAGGUUUCUCCCCCUGUUAGAGAGUGCACUGUGGAUGGAGUGUGGGGUCCUCUGCAGGGGGAUGCACUUGUGAACCCGGGCGACAAGUCUUAGAUGACACCUGUCAAGCAUGCAGGAUGGGCCACUACAGAGCAGCCAGUGAGAGCGGAGGAUGCCGACUGUGUCCACAGAACAGCGGACGCAGG